UACUCGCGUCUUUCAUUGGUUGUCCUUCCCGCUUGUCCCUUCCACGAUUGGCAGGCCCGACGGUGACGUAAAAGGGGGCGGUUGGUCUUGAAGAAAGGCGGGCUGUGCGUUCCUGUUUACCUCAGGGGAGGCUGUCUCAGUUGUCUAGAGUUUCCCGCGCGCGAUAAUAAUCGCGUGACCCGGUGGCGGUUGGUUAAAAAAAAAAGGGAUGCCGAAGCGGUCCUGCCCGUUCGGGGACUCGGCCCCGCUGCAGCUGAAAACGCGAGUCAGAAUGCGGGAGUUGAGCCAAGGCGUCAUGGGCGAGAGGUACCGGCGAGAAAUCUUCGAAAAAACAAAACAGCUGCUUUUCAAAGGAGCCCAAACUUACAUGGAUAGCAAGUGGGACGGAAGCGUGGCAGGAGCCUGUCUAAUUACACAGUAUCCAGCAUCACCGGCAGGCAGACCGGAAGCUUGCUCUCAGUAUUCCUGCAAUGGACAAAUGUUAAUCGGGCAGGAUGGGAAACUUCGACCGCCCCGCUCAAGAGAAACAGUAACAGCAGAAGGAAUUUCCAAGCCCUGCUCGUCGUGUGUUAGAACAGUGGACGCCCAAGAGGCCUGCACGCAGUGUGACCGGCCCAUAUGCAAGAACUGCAGCAAACUCUGCAGCUGCUGUAAUGCUGUUGCGUGUUCCUUGUGUUCGGUGAUCGAAUCAGACGAUGUCAGCGAGCAGAUCCUUUGCAGCGGCUGCUUAAUGUUUCGCAAUUGAAGCGCCAGGACUUCUAAAAGAGCACAUAAGCUUUUUAAAAAAAAAAAAAAAAAAAAGCUGGACAAUUUUAUUUUAGCAUAUGAGAUCUGAGAAUUUUUCUCUCCUCUAAUAUUAUACUGUAUAUUUCUCUAACCGUGGUUUAAUCAAAUAAACGUUUUUGUAUUUUGA